AUGUUUGCGAGACAAGUAUUCCGCCCCGCCGCGGCAUUGAAGAGCCAUGUCCGGAGAUACGCAACUGAGCCUCCUAAGGGAGGCUCCAAUGCUGCCAUCUACGCUGGCCUGGCAGCUGCCGCUGGCUUUGGCGGUUACUACUACCUCAACCAAGGCGAGCGUGGCGCCAACAGGGAGCGCUUGGGCGACCAGUCCGCGGCUCAGGGCUCGCCAGCAUCCAAGACAGAAGAGCAGAACAUCCCUUCCACCACUGGCAAGCCGAUGAUGGCCUUCACUGGUGGGGAUCAGGGGUUCAUCUCUUUGAAGCUUGAGAGUGUUGAGCAGCUCAACCACAAUACCAAGAAAUUCCGCUUCCAUCUGCCCGAGGAGGACAGUGUCUCUGGUCUUCACAUUGCCUCUGCUUUGUUGACUAAGUACAAGGGACCGGAGAUGGAGAAGGCUGUCAUCCGCCCGUACACCCCUACAAGUGACGAGGACACCAGGGGUUAUAUCGACUUGAUUGUAAAGAGAUAUCCCAACGGACCCAUGUCCGAACACCUUCACAACAUGAAUCCUGGUCAACGUCUGGACUUUAAGGGUCCGAUUCCCAAGUACCCGUGGGAAUCUAACAAGCACCAACAAAUCGCACUGAUCGCGGGUGGUACUGGUAUCACGCCCAUGUACCAGCUCAUCCGUGCAAUUUUCAAGAACCCUGAGGACAAGACUAAGGUCACCCUCGUCUAUGGAAACAUUAGCGAGGAAGACAUCAUCCUGAAGCGUGAGCUUGAGCACCUCGAGAACACCUACCCUCAGCGCUUCCGUGCGUUCUACGUGCUCGACAACCCACCGGAAGGAUGGCAGCAAGGUAAAGGGUACGUGACCAAGGAAUUGCUCAAGACGGUCCUUCCCGAACCCAAGCAGGGCGACAACUUGAAGAUCUUCGUUUGCGGUCCGCCGGGAAUGUACAAGGCCAUCAGUGGCACAAAGAAGAGCCCGAAGGACCAAGGCGAAAUAGAUGGUUAUCUGAAAGAGCUCGGCUACAGCAAAGAGCAGGUUUACAAGUUCUAG